AUGGAGCUUAUGAAAGAUCCUGUUACAAUAUCCACUGGUGUUACAUAUGAGAGAAAAAAUGUAGAAAAAUGGUUCUAUACUUACAAGAAAAAAACUUGUCCUGCUACAAUGCAAGCAAUUCAUAGCUUUGACAUGACUCCAAAUCACACCCUCAAGAGACUCAUUCUUGCUUGGCAAAAUGGGAAAUCUCAAUCAAAUUCAUCUUCUUCAUUCUCCAACAAACACGAUGAGCUCGUUUCGUUGCUCAAUACGAUAGAAUCGAGCCCUUUUAAGGUAAGUUCUUUAAAGAAACUCAAGUCAAUUGUUGAAGUAGGUGAUCAUGAUGUGAAGGAUGAUUUCAAAACAUGUGGUGGUGUUGAGAUUCUUGUUAGGAUUAUUCAACAAAUUUUAAUCGAAAGCUCGGAUUUUGUCACGUUUAGAGCUUGUGAAGAGGCUCUUAGUCUUUUGAUUAAAUUGCCAUUUGUAUUAGAAGAAGAGGAGACAAUCAAGAUUUUGUUACAGCCAGGGUGCAUGAAAUCCAUGGCCAUAAUGCUACAAAGGGGAAGUGCAGAUGCAAGAUUUUGCACCGUUUCGAUAUUCCAAAGGAUCACAAAAGCUGAUUGUAAUUGGAAUAUUGUGAUUGAAGAUCAAGGGAUUGAAUUCUUCAAGUCUUUGUUGGAGAUUUUAUCUGAUGAAAUUUGCAGUAAGGCAAGUUCUUGUGCAUUACAAGUGUUGAUAGAUAUACUCGAAAAAUCGAAAAAAUCAAGAUUGAAAGCUAUUGAGGCUGGUGCUAUUUGCACACUCAUUGAAAUACUUCCUGAUUCAAACAAAUCAAAAUGUGAGAAAAUAAUGUACUUGAUCAAGUUAUUGUGUGAAUGUGCUGAUGGAAGAAUGGGAUUCAUAGAACACGGGCUAGGAAUUGCAGUCAUAUCCAAGAAAAUAUUGAAUAUUUCAAAUAUAGCCACAAAAAUUGGGGCGAAAAUUCUUUCAUUGAUUUGCAAUUCUAACCCCACAGAGAAGGUUUUAGAGGACAUGUUGAUGUAUGGAGCAGUGAAAAAGUUGGUUACUUUGUUACAUAUUGGUGGCUCUUCAUCAACAAAAGAUAGAGUUCUCAAGAUUUUCAAGUUGCAUGGUGAUAAAUGGAAGAAAAAUCCAUGUUUUCCUUAUGAGCUCAAGAAUUAUUUGGGGUUGGGAAGUGAUUCUUUCUAA